AGAAAAUGGAGAAUAUUCCAGUUUACCAUGGAAAAAUCAGUCGUGAAACUGGGGAAAAGCUGCUCUGUGAUGCUGGAAGAGAUGGGAGUUAUUUACUGCGAGACAGUGAGACAGUACCGGGCAUGUAUUGUCUAUGUGUUCUGCACAAAGACUUGAUUUAUACAUAUAGAGUGCAUCAGACAGCAACUGGCUCCUGGACUGCUGAAGCUGCACCAGGCGUCCCAAGGAGGAUGUUCCGCAAAGUACAGAACCUGAUUUCUGCAUAUGAGAAACCAAAUCAAGGCAUUGCCAUUCAUCUCCAAUACCCAGUUGAAAGAAAUGUGUCAAAAACAGCACAAGGAUGACUGAAGACGGAACAUUUGUUUCCUUUGUGGAGUAAUACAAUCUAUUUUCCUGACUGUUCAGCAUGGAUGUCAAAUAAUUUCCAAGUUUAAACGUGUUUUAAAUGGAAUCCAUUAUUUUAUGUAUAUAUGUAUAUGUUCAAUAAAUCCAUUUGAAUGUCUUACAUGUUAGAUGUUUAAAGGAACACAACUUACAGGACUUGAAAUUAGUUAUUUUUAAAGGGUGAGGGCACUUACUGAAACAUACAUUUGAAUUAAAUAUACAGGUCGUUUUUUUUUGCUUUCAUUUAAUUCAUAAUUGUGCACUGUGGUAGUUUCAAUUGUGUGAAAAUACAGUCAAGCAAUAAAAUGCUACAAUCCUUUACCAUAUGGUAUAAUCUGUGUUUGGGGUGUAAAAUUCCCUCUAAAAUAAUAGUACAAUCACCACUUUUCUCUUUCUAUCAUAGAUGUAUAUAAUAUAAUGCAUCGUUGCUAGGAUUUGAAAACAAAAUUCAUGGACACUUUGCUGCAGAGCUAUGCUCAUAUACUGUAUGGUUUGCAUUACUCUGUCCAUUCUUAUCCACCCAAAAAAAGCACAUGGCUUAAACACAUAGGAAAUGCAAUAUGUAAACUUUUAUGAUUGAGAUAGAGCAUGCCAUUUUUAAAUUCACUUCUAGCAAUGCACAACAAUAAGCUGUUAAAUGGUGGCUGCGCACACUUGUUUUUUGUCAUUGGCUCACCGGAGGUGUUCAGCUAGCAAGUGCAAUGUUGCUUUGUAACUGACCUUAAAUUAUGUAUUUAAUCAUUUUCAGAGAUUAAAUACAUGGCUGUAUGUGAGCAAUACAACAAUAAUAAAUAAUAAUAAAAUUGUUCUAACAUA